AUGUACGCGACUACCACCUCCGCACCACGCCAGCCUGCCCCACCACAGCCUGAAGUCGAGACUUUCUCUGAGGCGUCCAAGCCGCGAGAAUAUUACACGCGCCCACAACGCGAUUUGCCCCCAUUACAGCGCAAAUGGCCCGGUAUUCUUGUGGCGAGCAUCCUCGGUGUCUCUGCAUGGGGAGCGUUCUAUCUGUAUGCCACCAAUCAGGAGCGGCUGUCCUCUUCCGUGGUCAAGCAAAUCAUGAGCACUAUCAGCGAGAACGGGGAUUUGCGCGAGACGUUAGGGGACGCCAUCCGGUUUGAGCCUGUCUGGUGGUUGAACGGGGACCCCUAUAUCAAAGGCGCGGUUCACAUGCUACAAGGCAAUGUGGAUCUCUGCUUCCGCAUCAAGGGCCACAAAGAUGCCGGCACCUUGUAUUUCACCAGUAUACGGAAAACGAAGGGAGAGUCCUUUACCAUCCUGCGCUUCCGUGUAAUCUGCGAUAACGGCAAGAUCAUCGAAAUUCCUACAAGCGCAGUACAGUAA